AUGCUCCGCCUCCUGGCCCCCCGGCCUCUAACGGCGAGACCCUUUUCGUCCGCGCUGCGCGCGCUGCAGCAGCCGGCCUUCGACCCGACGUUGCUCGACGCGGCCAGCGCCGUGGGCGCGCGCGCCGGCGACCCCGCGUUGCACGCCGCGUCUAUGCUGUCGCCGCGCGAGGACGCCUUCCGCUCGCGCCUGACCGGCGUGCGUGCCGGGCGCACGGUCUCGGUGUUCAACGGCAACACGUCGCAGGCGCUGCAGCGCCAGAACAUGCUCCUGCGCUCCGCGCGCAUCGCGCAGGACCGGCGCGAGCAGCGCUUCUACCUCAAACCCGGCAAGGUCAAGGAGCAGCAGCGCUCGCGCAAGCACCGGCGCGAGUUCAUGCGCGCGUUCAAGGGGCUGAUCGAGGUCGUCAAGGACGCCAAGCGCAAGGGCUACUAG